CGGACAGACAAACAGAUAGACAGAUAGACAAACAGACAAAGUCUGACAAACACACAAGCAGACAGACACAGACAUACAGAUAGAGUCAAUACUAGGAACAUACAGGCAAACAGGUAUAAGUUUGUAUAACCGUAUAUAAGUCAGAAAAGGAGCGGUGAGCAAAAAGAGAGAAGAGGGUGGAGGAUCGGGGCACAAGGGGGAGGGGAGAUAGACAGACGGACAGACAGAAAGACAGAAAGAGAGGCAGACACACAGACACACAGAUAGACAGACAGAAAGACAAGGCUGACUGAUAGGGGGGAAAAACAGGCAGAUAGACACAGAAAAAAGUGAGGCGAAGACUCUUUUUUCGGCAAAUGGGCGUGGGUCAGUGCUUGUUGCCCUUCAGACUUCAGUGUCCCACAACACAAUGAUUCCACUCUAUCCUAGCAGCGACAUCAGUUCAGCAGUUCACCCAAUCUCGAGCCCCUCUUCAAACUUACAUCCACCAGAAGUUGAAAAGAUGAGCUUUAGAGGACUCAUUUUAGUUGAAGGAAAGGCAUGCGAUACAGGAGUGCAGUUGGCUUACCUCAUUUUCAGUUGCCAGAUGUGGAUUAGCAUACUUGGUUUUUCUCUUUUGCCGAUUCUUGAUGACAAAGUGUCUAUCUCUUUCCUUCAUCCAUCCGGUCAUGACGAAACUUGCUGAAGCAGAGUAUACACCCGAUGGCAUCAGCGAAGCGUAGCAUGAUGAUAAAGAUGGUGGAAAUGGGUGGAUGGAUAAAUUAUUUGGCCGUUCUUUAACAGUUUAUUCAACAGUUUGUUGUUUGGUGGUCUGUCUUUUGGCAACUACUUGGCUAGUGACGGUAGUUUGGGGGCCUGAUCUCUAGGUAAUCGUUCCUGACACAUCAGUAACAGCCGAAAGGCCGGAAUGGGUCAGAGCAUUUGUCUAUUUUAGUGUUUCUCGAAACUUUCUCCUUUUUGCGCUUUUCUUCUUCCCGAUUUGCUUUUCCUUCUUUAGAUUUGAUUAGGGUCAAACGCGCUGGAACAGCAGGACUUUGGAGGGUUAACAUGAUCCCUAUGCUGACUGUGACUGGUCUGAGGUUGCCGGUUGGUUGCCACCGAAUUAUGAUAUCAAUCAUGUCAUUGUUUUUCUGCGUUAUUUAUUUCAACUUAUUUGACGAGUUACCCCAACUAUGAGCAGUUAGUUCAUCUACAAAAGUGCCAAGGAAAGGACGUUCCCGGUCUCUGCAAUCCGGUUGUUUGUCCAUCAGACGUCGGCAUGGACUGCACAAUUGACACGGAAAGGACAUUGGCAGUCUCUGCUAUCAAGUUCUUGUUUGUCGAUUGGAAGUCGGCAUGAUUGGGUGGCACAAAAUUAGUGUCUGCUUGUGAACGACUCCAAGCAUUCAACAUGAGGAAGCUAGAAACCAACGGGGCUGCAUUGACGACUCUGAAAGCUGAUAGUCCUGGUUGCUGCUGGGGUGACUUGGGAUCAAUCAUCAGCAAGGAGUCACGGCAACGAAUGGCCGUCCGCCCCACUUUGACACGCUUUGUGCCUUAGGCCUACGAGAGGAGAGCGAACGGUUUCUGUUCCGUGAACCGUUUGUCUCGGCCCUCCAAUGUCGUGCUUCGGAGCGGGCAAGGAAUUAAGUUGGGGGCAAGGAGAGGGAUGGGGAGAGGAGAUGUAAGGGGGAAAGGGAGGAGGCAGGAGGUGGGUGUGUCUGGUAUCGGCGAACUUGGUCGUUCAGAAGCCACUUGAUGCUUGGAUGCUAUGUCAGAAGCAAAUGAGCAUUGAAGGAAAGGGACGCAUUACUGGUUGAACCAGAUCUCCAGCUUUGUUUGACGACAGGAAGAACCCCGGAUAUUACUUCUGUAAGUCCUGUUUCCAUUUGUAUGUUUUAAUUCAUUUGGUAUUGGUGCCAAUCAACAUAAAGGUCAGACGUCGAUAUUUUAGAAUGCCCCGUGCAAGCGAGGUGACCGUGGUCUUGACGUUGAUUGUGAAGCAACUCACCCUCUGUCUUCAUGACGCGGUGGCACCGUAUUCUUUUGAGGCACAGUGGGACUUUGGGUGACACCUUGGUCCCUAUCCCUACAUAGUAAGCAUGAGUAUGCCUGUUUUGUAACCAGUGGGACUUUGGGUGACACCUUGGUCCCUAUCCCUACAUAGUGCAGUGCCGAAAACUCAUGCUUAGCAGGUAAAGGUUUCAAAUCCUAUCAGUAGAUUCAGUACACCGGUGUCAAGGGAUGACCUUUCUUUACGAACAAAAUUACGAUCCCGCCCGGAUUCUCAGUGCAGGAAGCAGAGCAAGAAGAUGAUAGACAGCGCAGAGGGGACGGUAUCCGUUACCCUCGGCAACGGUGCGUGCCCCUGCCUCGCUCACAACUUUGUUGGAUUAUGAUGAUCCUCGCGGCGGCCAGCGCCAUCGCUGGAACAGUGUGCUUUGUAUGAUGUUCAAGGACGCCACACAGGGGACGUUACCCGUUCCCAGGCUCUGCGAUCCAGACAUGGCACACAGCUGUGGUUCUUCUGGGACACAACUGUUUUUUUUUCUGGAUGUCAAGCAGUGACUUCCUUUGCCGCAUCGCAAUCCAUCCAAGCUCUUACAUCCAUCCAUGUGUUUAUCCAUCCCUCGCUUGGGUAAAUUGCUGUACAGUACAGGUCUGGGCUGCAUGGGGUACAGCCACUGCUAUGCAUUCAUUCGAUUGUAGCUCGACUGAUGCAGUAUCCCCUUUUGCAAGGUGAAAUUUAGCUCCACCGAUUCCAUGGAGUGAAUCUGAAACAGACGAUUGACAAGUACCCGGAAUGGAAGGCUUUCUUUCCAUGCUCGGCCGCCAUUUCCACUCACAGCCGAACCAUCUCUCUGGCUUGUGAACCUGCUAAAGACCUUUCUAUUCACUUGCACAUUGGUCGGAAACGAAGAAGUGCCUAUGUAUGAAUGAGCACGCCAUGAUGUUUUCGAGCGACGAAGAGGGACAGAGGAGGGGAUUGGCUUGCGGAUCAUGACAGAUUUUCAUGAAUUUUCAGCGGCAGUGCACGCCUGAGGGAGGAUCGGCCAGAUUUGACCAGGUUUUCAAAAAAAUGGUAUCUCUUGUGGCUAAUGUGUUAUCCUUAGGAGCAGCUGUUGGAUGGAGCAAGAUGUAGGAUAGGAUAGAAAAGAUGAUGAGCCGCGGACCCGUUGCACUGCUUGCGCGAUUUCAGGCUCCUGGACGACAGGCAGUUCCCGUGCUACUGGGUGCCAGCAAAUGGUUGGCAAGAGGUAUUCUGCAGAGCAGCUUCUAUGACGAUCUCUCGCGUGUAGAGAGGGAGUGCUGUCCGUCAGCUUUAUACACAGCCGUUUGCCAGUGCACUAGUCAGGUCUUCUGCAGAGCAGGUUCUGUGACGACCCGUUGCACUGCUCGGGCGAUUUUAGGCUCGGGGAAGCCAGGCAGUUCGCGUGCUACUGGGUCCCAGCAAAUGGUUGGCAAAAGGUAUUCUGCAGAGAAGCUUCUCUGACGAACUCUCGCAAGUAGAGAGGGAGUGCUGAAUUUCACCUUUAUAGACAGCCGUUUGCCAGUGCACUAGGCAGGUAUUCUGCAGAGCAGGUUCUGUGAUAACCCGUUGCACUGCUCGGGCGAUUUCAGGCUCAGGGAAGACAGGCAGUUCACGCGCUACUGGGUGCCAGCAAAUGGUUGGCAAGAGCUUGUCUGACGAACUCCCGCGUUUGUAGAGAGGGAGUGCUGUCUCUCACCUUUAUACACAGCCGUUCGCCAGUGCACUAGGCAGGUAUUCUGCAGAGCAGGUUCUGUGACGAUCCUGCUUCUCCGCUUCAACCACAGUCACUUGCCAGUGCACUGGGCAUGUCGUGAGCCGUAGAGUCGCGACACCGGUUUCUGCAUGCAGUGCUGGAUUUCCCAUGCUGUAUCUGAGCCUGCAAUCAUGGAUGCAAUCAACUUGCAUCAGACAAUCGGGCCUGUCGCCAUACAAUCAAAGUUGUGUCGCAACUAGAUCUCACAGCCUCCAUGUCAGUUAAGCUUCAUUCAAUCCAUGGGCCAACUUGCAUGCUUGGCACAUGCCAUAAUGUUCCUGAUUGGGAUCGGCUUGGGCCAUCUUCGGCAACAGUCAGUUCCCUGCAGGCAGGUGGGCAAUCUUUGGCCUCCUCUUUUUUUUCCCUCUUUUUCCCCCCAAACAGGCCCUUAUGGCCCUGGCUUCUUAUCCACUCUGGUGAGCGUCCUCACUCUUCCCUCGAUUCUUCAUUGCAGCACAAUAUGAUGAUUACUGUCGUACCUCAUUACUCUGAAACCUGGGAAGAACGAAAAGUGUCCACUGGGAGUAUCAUGCUUCCAGGACAGGGUCGUACUAGAACUUCUUAGAAUGACCGUACAAAAAGUUCAGCCAUGUUCACUCCUUCCUAAAGUGGAAAGGGUAGUCUCCGUAUCGCUCACAACCUCGUGUAAGGUCAAGUCAUGGAAGCGGGUCUCAACUCAAACAGUGACGGGCACGACAAUAGAGCAUGAUAAGGGAUAGCUGGGGGUAACACCCUUACCCUUCUCCUUCCAGUGGAGUUCGAACACGGGUCUGUAUUUCAACAGUUCAGGGGUUUAGCAACUGAGCUACUACCGGUAGACCAUUUGGUAUCCUUGCCCAUUUCCUCAGGUCAUCUUCUCCACAAAUCUUUGCAGGCGAAGCCAAGAAGUGCGUUGUGCUGCAUUCGAGAGUUGAGAUAGUGGAUCAAAAGCACAGAUCUAUCACGCCAAUAGAUCGAUCAGAGUGUUGUCAUUGAAUUCAUUCAUUCGUUCUAAGAUUUGCCGCACACCUAUCACAGAUGCCCAUUACCGAACGUCUGACCGGGUCGGAUUUAGCAUGGCUGCUUCGGAAGACAUGUGUAUGAUAAAAAUCCACAUGUACAAGCAAUAGCUGCAAUACAUAUUUCCCGUCGACAGAGAAGCAACGGAGGAGGGGCCGGUUUUCCGCAAGGGUCAGCCUGUGCCGAAGUUCUCAGCGGAGUUUGUUUAUUACUCAGGUGGUGGCAUGCACCCACUGUCCUCCCGAUCAGGUAUCGUUGUAGGUGAAGUAGUGAGCUGUAGUUCUCUCGUGUCGGACUCGUUGUUGCCAGUACGCCAACAACAGAACAGGAUAGUGUCACGCUCGAAAAACAAAAUAGAAAGGAAAAU